GAUGAGAAGGCAGCAUUGUGGACCUUGUCUGGUCUGUAGCAGAGAUAAACAGUUAUCCUGGCACCAUCCUCAUCCUCUGUACGGAACCAGUUAGCAGACUUUCGGUUUGGGCAGCCUGCCUAUAGUUUUCUUCAUCUCUUGCUAAUCUCUACAGUAAGGUUGUUCUUUCUUAGCUGAGUAAACUAGUAAGUCACAGUGUCUGAAAGGGAAAAACCAUGUUGCCUUUUGUGUUGCUUUUCCUACCUGAAAGGGUCUGACCUCAGCAAGUACCACAUUGACAGUCCUGAGUUUUCUGCUGUUAAAAUGAUGCUGCUUUUCUUCCAGCUCCAAGUUCAGCCAUCCCAUCUAGAUUUUCCUCUUCUCCAGUGUGUUCACCUUAAGUCAGCUUCACCUGUCCCCUUUGCAGUCAGCCCAUGAGCUCAGCGUGCAUUUCUCUCCCUGUAGAUCACAAAGGGGAGGUAGCAGGUAUGUCAUCCCAAGUAACUCAGCCCUGCUGGCUGUGCUGAGUCCACAGGGCUAUUGCAACCCCAGGUUUUACUUCCUCUGGCACAGAAAAAAACAAAAGCCGCAUGUAGGUGACCUAUGUCAGUCCAUUGAACUUUCUGAGUCUAAGGGUAAAGUUGCAUAAGACUAGAAGAUAGCUUCUCUCCUCCUCUUCCAGGCUGUUUUUUCCCAUCCAGCCAUCCCUCUAUAUCCUCUGGAAUAGAAAAUGACUUGGGGUACCCCCAAAGGUGCUCUGUACCCUUUUAAGCAGUAUCUCUGUUUUCUGAAGUUGAAACAUGGAUGUCUCAGACGAUAUUAUGCAGUCACAACAUUUAAUUUUUCCCUCUGCAUGUAACGGCCCUAAUCUGAAUUUUUUUUUCUUUUUGUGCAGUUUUUGGCCGGGGCCAGGUUUGAACCCACUACCACCUCUGGUAUAUGGGGCAGUGCCCUACUCCUUGAGUCACAGGCGCCUCCCCCCCUCCUCCCCCCGAAUCUGAAUUUUUAAAGUGCAAACAAACUGUUACUAGAGAUUUUAAUUCAUUAAACUUUUUCUUUGGAGUCUUGGAAGCAUUAGCUCUGGUAGGUCUGUAAGUAGAUUAAAGGAGAUCACUCACGUUAUUGGAGCAGUUCUCAGAUGUCUUCCCUCUCCGGUGGUUCUCUGGGAUCUCUUAUUCCCUUAGGCACACUGGCUCCUUCUAGACAUUUCUUGCCAUUUCUCCAGCUAGAUCACUCCUACUUGAUUACUGACUUCAGUGUCCACCUUUCUGGACACUCUUAAUUGGUUUAUUAAGGGAGCAUAUGAUUAGAAUUUGUUGGGAACCUGGCUAUUUUGGAGCAAAUGUGUAUUUAACUAGCCUAGAGAUGCUGCUUCUAGGUGAAGAGGAAGAGAAUCGUUGCCUUGCUGGAGAGCUGAGCAGUCAACAGCAGCUGGGAAGGACUUGGGAAAGCAGGGCCAAGUCAUUGGCCAAAUGCUGCUGUCCCAGCAGGGAAAACGGAAACAGAUGAUGGAGAGCCACAGGUAUUCCUGCACUUCAAGACACAGCAUUUGCACCACUCCAGAGUCAUCUUUGUAAAUGAAAAUUUAUCUGUAAUCCAAAAGAAAAUCAGUUGUGCAUAAAAUAUAAUUCUUCCGACCUUAACUAUGGCAAUAAAUUAGCUAUUUAACUGUUACAUAGAAGUAUCACCAGCUAAAAGAUAGAAAUUGAAAAACAAAAGCUAUUUCUAUGGUUUAAAUUUAGAUAAAGCCAUCAUCACAGUGUAUUUUUCAAAUAGAACUUUCAUCAGCAAUAUGUCCCACAUAGUUUUACCAUUUGGACCGUUUUUUUUCUGUGUUUGCUAAUCUCUAGCUAAUUACUAUUUUAUUAAUUAGCUUUCCUUUCUAAGAAGUAGGAGGGAACUCUGAUGCUGUGUCCAAAAUCACGCAGUGAAUUUCUGUUGAACUAGAGCUGGAAGUGCUGGCCUCGUGUUUACUCAUGUCACGUUCUCCCCGUUUUGCAUUUUGAAAUUCCUUGUCUGUAAUAGGGCCACACUCCUCAGACUCUGACCUGGCAUUGAUCUUCUGGGGCAUCGCUUAUUAUCAAGUACCGUGAAACAUACAGAUUUAUGUUUUAGCACUUUACAGUUCAUCCUUGCAGUCUCUCAUAUGUAAGCAGUUUUGAGUCUGGCAUUUUUCUUUAUUAAGUCUGAUGUGUGCUCUUUGAACAAGAGGGUCUGCUGGUGAGUGUCUCAUCCCUGCCUCUAGCUUAUGUUUUGCCUCUGUCCAGUGUUGUCACAAGCACUUUAUACUGUCAAGAGGGGAGAGCAGCAUAAUCUUCCUGACCCACUGAUGUCAGAGCUGGGCUCCUGAGUGACAGUAUCCUCUCAAGCAAGCAAACAGUGCCAGUAGAGCUCUAGAUUUAGAGGCCUAGCUGCAAACCCAGCAGGAGAGAGGAAGGAUAAUCGAAGCUGUCUUCUGUCCCUAGAGAUUUGAAGGAUCCCAGACUCCUAUGAAUGGGUAGCUGGACUUUUUAGCUUCAGGGAUUGGGUACUUUUUUCUCUCUGAAAUGAUCCAUCAUCACUUGUGUGCUCUCCAUGGGGGAGGGCACUGCCUUCUGUUGUUCAUAUAUUCAAUUGAAGAAUCUUUCUGAACCUGGGAACAGAAAGUGUAUUGGCCUCAAACAGAUGAAGAGCUGGGUUUGGAGGUGUUCUGUGCGCCUUCUCUUGCCUUGAAAUAUCUUUCAUUGCUUCCCCUUCAUUGCCCAGGGCCUCAUGGAAGGUUGCCACAGUUGUUUGACUUAACAACUUAAGCUUGCUUCAGGAUUUCUCUUCUGUGAUAGCAGAAGUGAAGGCAGAAAAGCUCUAACUGAGAAAGUUUUUUUGUUUUUUUUUUUUGUUUUUUUUUGUAGAGACAGUCUCACUGUACCGCCCUCGGUUAGAGUGCCAUGGUGUCACACGGCUCACAGCAACCUCUAACUCUUGGGCUUACGCGAUUCUCUUGCCUCAGCCUCCCGAGUAGCUGGGACUACAGGCGCCCGCCACAACGCCCGGCUAUUUUUUUGUUGCAGUUUGGCCGGGGCUGGGUUUGAACCCGCCACCCUCGGCAUAUGGGGCCGGCACCCUACUCACUGAGCCAUAGGCACCGCCCAAACUGAGAAAGUUUUAAAAGCAAAAGGGGACAAGCACUAACGACUUAGAAAGGCUAUUUGAUGUCCUUUAGCCCUGCUUUAUAGUCACAUAGCACCUCCUGAGCAGGACAGCUCGAGCAGAUAAACUUGGAUGAUUACCAUUAUAUUUCUUGUGCCCUUCCCGGGGUCCCUGCACCCCCAAAGUCAAGAGACCCCAUUUAGAUUAGGGACACAGAGACCCUGUAGCCCAGUGAUUAAAGAACAACUUUACUAUAGCCCCAGAGAUUCCAUUUCUGCAGGAGUAAAGUCUGAUCACUUCAGUUUGGCUUUCACUGGGAAGUACGCUGUCCCUGGGCGAUCUCUCCUGCACACAGUUUUGCCUGCUUGCUUGCUUUCCUGGGCCUUUGUUUCUAAGAAGGUAACUUAAGACAUGAAAACAGGCCUUCAGCUUUGAUGGUAUGUUACCCCACCUUUGCAUGGCUUUGAAAUUCCUGGCAGAUUACCCUGCCAUGUUGGUGGCAGUGUCUAUACAAGAAUGACAGUGGCUUCCCUGAAGAGAGGACCCAUAACCUUGAUUUCUGGCUCUGUUUAUCCUCUGGCUUCUGGGCACAUAUGCUGGCAUUUGCGUGAGUCUACACCAUUUUUGAGAACUUGGAAAUAUAUAAAAGGGAAUCUUCUAGAAGAUUGUACACUGGCUUGCUUUUAGAGAUUAGCUACAAGGUUCGUUUUUGUGUCUCUGUUGCUUGUUGGCCAGUGUAGUCAACAGAGUUCUUCUUUAAUACCUAAGGUAUAGAUUUGGUCAGCAGUGGUUAAUUCAGAAGAAUAAUCUUCCACCAUUUUAAUUUUCUCUCUGCCCUCUGCCCCACACAUGCCCCUCACAGACAUUGAUAUAAGCAGGAUUUUACCAACACAAUAUAAUGACAUUUUUCUUAGGAGUAAAGAAUGUUCAUGUCAUUUGCAGGUGCAUGGAUUCAGGAGAAGCACAGUUGAGCGGAAGGAAGGCUAGGAUAUUUGAGGCUUUACCCCUGCCCCGUGUCCACACAGGAAGUGGAUCAGUUGUCAUGAUAUCACCUUUUCCCCUCCUGAUAUAGCUCCUCCUCUUCUGCCUAAUGACCCUGGAAUUGACCUGGACUCGUCUUGCCACCAGGGCCCCUCAGAAGUUGCACCAUCUUGGGCGGCGCCUGUGGCUCAGUCGUGCCUGGCAUCAUGCUAUUACAGGACAACCAUCCACAUUUAUCAUCAAAACACAGGAGGAGGGGCGGCGCCUGUGGCUCAGUCGUCUCUCCCUAGGAAAGCCAAGGCCCCUGUAUCUCAGCCAAGUGUCCAUGGAGUUGACACCUAGCUCUGAGAGGGUGCUGACCCAGGGCUGCAGCCACACACACUCCAGUAGGAAGAAGCAGUUGAUUCACAAGCCUGACUCCUGAGACUGGAUAGCUCCACCAGCCUACAGAGUGUACUGGACUAGACGGCUGAGCCACACAGUAUCCCGAGUGCCUGACAGGCCCAUGCCACGGCCAGAUCCCUCCUCCAGGCUGGGGGGCCUCCUGCCUGUACUCCUGGCUCUCCUUGGUGUGAUCUGGGCAGAGGUGUGGAUGCCCCAGCAGCAGGAGCAGGCUCCGAUGCCCAGAGCCCUGAGCAGGAGGGAGAGUUUCUUGCUCCUCUCCCUGCACAAUCGCCUGCGCAGCCGGGUCCAGCCCCCUGCGGCCAACAUGCGGAGAAUGGACUGGAGUGAGAGCUUGGCCCAACUGGCUCAGGCCAGGGCAGCCCUCUGUGGCACCCCGGCCCCGAGUCUGGCGUCUACACCGCAGGUGGGCUGGAAUGAGCAGCUGUGGCCUGCAGGCUUGGUGUCCUUUGUUGAAGUGGUCAGCCUGUGGUUCGCAGAGGGGCAGCAGUACAGCCACACAGAGGCCGAGUGUGCCCACAAUGCCACCUGCACCCACUACACUCAGCUCGUGUGGGCCACCUCGAGCCAGCUGGGCUGUGGGCAGCAUCUGUGCUCUGUAGGCCAGGCAGCCAUGGAAGCUUUUGUCUGUGCUUACUCCCCCGGAGGCAACUGGGAGGUCAAUGGGAAGACAAUCAUCCCCUAUAAGAAGGGCACCUGGUGUACGCUCUGCACAGCCAGUGUCUCGGGUUGCUUCAAGGCCUGGGACCAUGAAGGGGGCCUCUGUGAGGUUCCCAGGAACCCAUGUCGGAUGAGCUGCCGGAACCAUGGACAUCUCAAUGUCAGCACCUGCCACUGCCACUGCCCCCCUGGAUACACGGGAAGAUACUGCCAAGUGCGGUGCAGCGUGCAGUGCGUGCAUGGCCAGUUCCGUGAGGAGGAGUGCUCCUGCAUCUGCCACGUGGGCUACGAGGGAGCCCAGUGUGCCACCAAGGUGCACUUUCCGUUCCACAACUGUGACCUGAGGAUCGAUGGAGAUUGCUUCAUGGUGUCUUCAGAGGCAGACACCUACUACAGAGCCAAGAUGAAAUGCCAGAUAAGAGGCGGGGUGCUGGCCCAGAUUGAAAGCCAGAAAGUACAGGACAUCCUGGCCUUCUACCUGGGCCGCCUGGAGACCACCAAUGAGGUGACUGACAGCGACUUUGAGACCCGGAACUUCUGGAUCGGACUCACCUAUAAGACCACCAAGGACUCCUUCCGCUGGACCACCGGGGAGCAACAGGCCUUCACCAGUUUUGCCUUUGGACAGCCUGACAACCAGGGGUUUGGCAAUUGUGUGGAGAUGCAGGCAUCAGCCGCCUUCAACUGGAAUGACCAACGCUGUAAAACCCGAAACCGUUACAUCUGCCAGUUUGUCUGUUUAAUCAGGGACUCAAGGGAAGCUCCUUUGUGCCCUGGCUCAGAGCGCGGGCAAACGCGGGGCGUUCACACGGAUGUCCCCAGCUAUCUCCACCAUCUGCAAAGGAGGGAGCCGGACCCCAGAUCACAACUCAGGCAUUUAUUUACUCAAGGAGCAGACGCCGCGCGCGCCAGGAGAUCCCGCCCUGCGCCGAGCUGCUCCCGGGACGCGGGCUGGGCAAGGUGCACGCGCCCCGUGCACGCGCCCCGUGGGAGUCAGCCCGCGCACGCGCAGCCCGCCCUGCCCCCGCGGCCCCCGCCCCCUCCCGCCGCGCCGCGCGGCCGCCCGAAGCCCUUCCGCGGGUCGCCGGCGACUGUCGAGACGGUGUCCGGUUCCCUGGUGACCCCGCGGGCGAAGGUGAAGCUGCUGGGCACCCCGGAAGCGUGUCGGAGACGUUUAAAUAUGGCUUGGGAGCCCACAUGUGGUCCUGCCUGGCCAGGCCAGAAGAGGCAGCAGGGCGCAGCCAUCUACUGCAGUAACUACGACUUGAACUAUGAACUGUACCGAGAAGAUGUUCCCUACAGGGUGUACGAAUACCACAGGAUCCCCCCACUCAUCAACCGUGUGCCUGUCAAGCUCCGGAGGACCCACAUGGGCCGGGGGGUAAAGAGGAGGAAGAAGCCCCUGCCCUCUGCACAGAUAAAGCCAGUCCGACCUGAAGAACUGCGCUCCAUCAGGGGGGAGCUGAGCCAGAUCAAAGCCCAGGUGGACAGCCUGCUGGAGCAUCUGGAAUACAUGGACCGGCAGAGGGACCAGCCGGCAGGGACAAAGGACAGUGAAGAGAACAAGUGUUCUGGUAGUGAGGGCUCAAGCAGAAACAUUGAGCCCUCACAGGAGCCUAGGGGUCAGAGGGCCAGCCCAGAGGCAGAUGGCUCCAAGGAGAGCACAGACGCAGAGAAGGCAGUGAAGAAUCACUCACUGGAACAGGAAGGCAGCCAAUAGGAGGUGGGAAUCCCCCCAGCCUCAUCAGUGGCAGGCUUUCUUGGGUACUUCCUUUCCUUGUCUGGUGACACCCAUGUAGCCUGAGACACCUGCUCUGUAGCUGGGGCAGUUAGGUGGGGGCAGGGCUCAGCUGGAUGGAAAGCCUCACUAGUGGUGGGUUUAGCUUCUUUGGAGGUUGUGUUUCCAGAUUAGUCCUGGGGCUGGCAGGGGUGGAAGGGAGGCAGCCUGGAACUGCCCAGCACCAGCUCACCAUGCUCAUGAAGGAGGCAGAUAGACAACAGGGUCCCCCUCAGGAGAUACCCUCAGCCCUGUCUGAAUGCAGACACUGGCUGACAGGUACACCUGUUCUACUGUUGCCCUCUGACACCAAGCUGGCAGGCCCUCUUCAUUUGCCCCAUAAAACUCCUUUUGGUUCCAAACUCAUCCAAUCCAGAAAGCCAUCCUUCAAGAGGGGCACUAUUUUUACAUCCUGUUUCUAUCUUGUCUCUGGCUGGGGUUGCAAACCUACUCUAGAAAAAUGUCUGAAGGGAAAAAAUAAAACUUGUAUUUCUUUUUCCUGGU